GACUCCGGCUCUCGGAUCUCGUCGGCCGCCAGGUUCAUGUGGAGGUUCCCAGGUCGCGCCGUGCUUCGUGGGGUCCGGUCGGUGGUGGAGCAGCACAGCCGGGCCGAGGCAGCGACCGACGGGGCGGUUGGCGCCAUGGAGCGCGCGGUGGUGCGCUGUGUGCCCUCGGAGCCCAAGCUCAGCCUGUCUUUUGCGUUGGCCGACGGCAGCCACAAGAACAUGCAGCGCGACCAGAGCGAGCCCCUGGGCCGGGCCCUCAGCCGGAUCGCCACCAACGCCCUCAAGGGUCACGCUAAGGUAGCGGCUGCCAAGAAGAGUAGGAAGAACCGAGCGCAGUCGAGCGGUGGCUCGGCCUGCGCGGCGACAGGAGCGGACCCGGCUGCGGCCUGCGAGCCGGUGGUGAAGCUGUACUACCGAGAGGAGGCGGUGGCUGAGGACGUGCUCAACGUGGACGCCUGGCAGGACGGCGCGGUGCUGCAGAUCGGCGAUGUCAAGUACAAGGUGGAGCGCAACCCGCCUGCCUUCACGGAGCUGCAGCUGCCGCGCUACAUCAUGGCCGGCUUCCCGGUGUGCCCUAAACUGAGCCUCGAGUUUGGCGAUCCCGCCAGCUCCGUGUUCCGCUGGUACAAGGAAGUCAAACCCGGGGCGGCAGAACCUGGGGACGGCGGCCUCGCGUCUUCCUCCUCCUCCUCCUCUCGCUCUCUGCCGUCCUCGUCUUGGAUCGAGACGGGCGUGGGCGAGCGCGUGUACACCCCGUGCAAUGCGGACAUCGGGCUGCGGCUCAAGCUUCGCUGCACGCCGGGCAAUGGGCAGCGCUUCGGGCCAAGCCGCGAGCUGGAAAGCGUGUGCCCGGUGGAGGCCGGGCCUGGCACCUGCACUUUUGACCAUCGGCAUCUGUACACCAAGAAGGUGACGGACGACUCGUGCAUCCGCACUGUCUCCUACAACAUCCUGGCAGACACGUACGCCCAGACUGAGUUCUCUCGGACGGUCCUGUACCCGUACUGUGCCCCCUACGCCCUGGAGCUUGACUACCGCCAGAACCUUAUCCAGAAGGAGCUCACGGCCUACAACGCAGACCUCAUCUGUCUGCAAGAGGUGGACCGCGCCGUGUUCGCGGACAGCUUGCUACCGGCUCUGGAGGCCUUCGGCCUGGACGGCGUGUUUCGAAUCAAGCAGCACGAAGGCCUGGCCACCUUCUACCGGAAGUCGAAGUUCAGCCUCCUUAGUCAACACGACAUUUCUUUUCAAGAAGCCCUGGAGUCGGAUCCGCUGCACAAAGAGCUACUAGAGAAACUGGCUUUGAACCCUCAGGCGCUGGAGAAGGUGCUCCAGAGAUCGUCUGUCCUUCAGAUUUCAGUUCUUCAAUCUACGAAGGACUCUUCUAAGAAGAUAUGUGUUGCCAAUACUCAUCUCUACUGGCACCCAAAAGGUGGAUACAUUCGUCUUAUUCAAAUGGCAAUAUCCUUGGCUCACAUUAGACAUGUUUCAUGUGAUCUGUAUCCUGGCAUACCAGUUAUAUUUUGUGGAGACUUUAAUAGUACACCGUCCUCAGGAAUGUAUCAUUUUGUCAUCAAUGGCAGCAUUACAGAGGAUCAUGAAGACUGGGCUUCCAAUGGAGAAGAGGAAAAAUGCACCAUCUCUCUCACACACUUCUUCAAACUGAAAAGUGCUUGUGGUGAACCUGCCUACACAAAUUACGUUGGUGGCUUUCACGGAUGUCUAGAUUACAUUUUCAUUGACUUCAGUGCUUUAGAGGUUGAACAGGUGAUCCCAUUGCCCAGUCAUGAAGAAGUUACCACCCACCAGGCCUUACCUAGUGUUUCUCAUCCUUCUGAUCACAUAGCACUAGUAUGUGAUUUAAAAUGGAAAUAGACUUUGCUACAUUGUAUGAACAGGAAGCUAGUUACUUUUCAGAAAAUUUAAUAUGAAACAAAGCUUAGAUAAAACCUUCAGUGAACACAUCUAGACACUAAACUGUAUGGUCAUUCCCUACUAGAUCUGUUCCACAUGGCUCUGUUACAGAACCAGUUCAUAAUGUUUGCAGCAUAUAAUAUCUUUAUCCGCUUUAAUUUCCUACAUUUGGAGGAAAACAUUUAUGACUAGCAAAAAGGAAAUUGGAUUAUUGUGGACAUUUUAUAAGUUUUUUUAACCUGGUAAUUAAGAUUUUUAAGUACUAUUUGAAUAAUAUCAUGAUUUUCUUUCAUAAUGCAUUUUACAUUGAAUUAUGCUCAUUUAAUUGGGGGAGGAAGGGACAUACAGGUAAAAGGUGGGGGAGACUUCACAGACACAUGGAAUACAUUAGUCUAUCACUACCUCAAUUUGGUUAGAAUUUAUUAUAAUUUUGGAGCUUUCACAAAAGAUUAAAAUAUACCAUUACCCAUUUUUAUAGCUUCUUCAUUUUUUCAGCUAGCAAGGUAUUCUCCUUCUCUUCUUGCAUUUUUUCAGUGAAC